AAUUAUAUUAUAUACUUAUAUAAGCGUUAUAUAUUUUCGUACGAAACGAUAUGCUUUUCGAAAGCGACAUACAAUUCGCGUCAAUACAAAGAAAGAGAGACAGAGAUAGAGAGAUUUUGAAGAGAGAAAACUGCGGCGGAUAGAUUGACGAAAAAGAGAAAGAGAGGGAAAAAAGAUGACAGAACGGGGAAGUGGCGUGGCGAGGAGUAUUAUCGAUUCGCCGGGGCUCGUGAGUUAACGGUUUGUUUACACGAACGCGGGGCCGGGCGGGCAGAGUGGGACAGGCAGCGCGCAUGCGCGGCCCGACGAAAACAAUAAUAACAGAGUAGAAGGUUCAUGGCUGGCGGACGCGUACGGACGACCGCUCGCUCUUCGUUGUUUCGAACUCGUUCGAGCCUGUCGUAGGACCGAGGUUCGCGCGCGAAGAGACUCGGCCUGUCACGCGAAAUUGCCGGCACCCGGCUGCGAAACGGAAAGAAAGACGGACAUUAUUCGCCAACGCGCUCUGUGUAUAUAUAUAUAGUGUGUGUGUGUGUGUGCGUUGACAAUCCGAUACUUCUGCGAAUUUUCUUCGACAGGGGGUCAGUUUCGCGGAAUCAUCUUCGAGGCGAGGAAUACAUCGAGACUACCUCGAAAAUACCACGAAGAGAAGUACUUAAGUCGAAACUCAUCUACGAGGCGUGCCUGCAAACGUGUGUGUGUGUGUGUGUGUGUACGUAUGUAUACAUACAUAUAUACAUACCUGCUUCGAUUAGUUUGACAACCGUGAGAAACAAGUGGACGAGCUGCGUAAGGAAUUGUAAUAACUACCUCGACAAGAAAAAAUAAGCGAACUAAGGUAUUUAACAAGUAAGACAUUCUCAAAACUCUAACGUACAUAAUAACAUUCAAUUGGAAAGUGGUGCGUCAAGUAUACUAUCGUCAUCGAGGCUCGCUCUCGCCGUGCGGAUUCUCCUCUUCCUCUCCCCCGGAGAGUGCGUUACCUCAUCGGUGCGUGUGCGCGGUUGUGCAACUCGUCACCCUGAUUCGACAUCCACAAGAGAAAGAGAGAGAGCGAGAUUCGAUCCGGUCUCUGGAAGCAAAACAAUGCUGCUGGUGUAGCGCGUCGCUCCAUUUGCGCGCGCGUGUAUAUAUAUAUAUACAUAUAUAUAAAUAUAUGUAUGUGUGUGAGUGCGCGCAUACCUGUAUACGUACGUACCUGCCUGCGCGGCGCGCUAGUGUGCGUUUGUUUAUGCGCGUAGAUUAGCCGCGCGCGACAUUCAUUCAACAGCCAGACGCGCUUCGACGCGCGACUCUCCGUCAUCGUCAUCAUCAUUUGGAAAGCGAGCGAGUGAGAGGGUGUCGUCUCGCGUGUAUUUGUCCAGUGAAUCACCAGCGAGUCCUAGUGUGAUUACGCACGGCCGGAUACGACGUGUAUACAUUAUAUUGUUGACGUGUCGUGGCCAAGAAGGAGAUAGGACGAGUGGAGCGGUUAAAUUAUUUAUCCUUUCAUCGUGAAGAGAAGGAGAAGAAGUCGCACGCAGCGUGAUUUUGUGUCUCGCUUCCGCCGUACCUCCGCGAUUGUCUCCCUGUGUUGUGUUGUCGACGAGAGAACGUCGACCCACGUAAACAUCGGCGCGAGAAAGAGAGGAGAGACGUUCCGCAGCGUGGAAAGAGAAGGACAGUGUCCAGAGACCAGAGAGAGAGGGAACAACAACAGUGAGAAACCGUCCAGGUUUUUCCACUGCACAUUUCCUAGCAGUCAGUAGUGAACUUGCAACGCGAACACCUCCGUGAACAUCCUCUUCUAGCGGACGUAAACAAGACUGCCGAGAGGAUGCCGAGUGCCGAGGAGACGACGUACCUGAUCGGAGUGAUGCCGGACGGGGCGGCGCAGGCGGACGCGUUCCUGACGCGCGACGUCGACCUGCUGGUGUCGCAGAUCAAGGAGAAUCUACGGCUGUCCAGCCUGAAGGCCAAGUCCAGCGUCAGCCAUAAGAACAACCGGCCGUCGCCUUACCGGAUACCUCGUUCCUGGGCCGACCCAGCCGCCGGUUGCGAGGUCUGCGGCCUGCGAUCCAGCGGCCAGUCUCACCAUCAACAGCAACAACAGAAUCACGUGACCGGCCCGGGUCAUCAACAUCAUCAUCAUUAUCAUCAUCACAGCCACCUGAAGAGGAGCGAGAGGAACAGAGUGGACGACGAUCCGUACGAGGUGCUGCAGGAGUUGCUGCGCGAGGGAGGCCUCAUCAAGGAGGCGGUUAAGAGGCUUCAAGCGAACCUGGACGAGCUCUCGAGCUCGGAGGUGGACGAGGACGAGGAGGUGGAUGACGAGGACGACGAUCAGCGGUCCAACGCGGGUGGCUACCGCAGGAAACCGUACUUCUACGAUUCCGAGGACGAGCCUCUACCGCCGAUGUACGAGCCCCUGGAACUGUGAGGCGAGAGUGCUUGAAGAAAAUGUUCUGAACGGCAACUUCUUUGAAGAUCUCUCUCUCUGCUCGAGAACUUUCCUACGGACAUUGCUCCGAAAUGAAAACUCGUUUCCUUUGUGUCCCGGUUAUUGUGCGAUCCGGGACAACAGAUUUGAAAAAGGUAGCGCAAGGGUCCCCCUUCCUCUUCUAGCGAAGCGGUAAGGAUUAAAUAAUAUUCCCGCAAAAAUGCAUUUCCUUCCGCUUUACGUCGGAGGAGAACACGCGGGGAGUUGGUUAGGCGAGAAGCGGGAGGCACAAUUAGGCGAGAACUCGCCUUACAUGGCCGUGUUUGUAAAUACGCCGCGUUGUCGGCGCUGCGCGCUAAAGCUCGCUUCGUAAUGCCUCGGUCGAGAUCGCCGUCGUAUCGACGCUCGACGCGGAUCUGGUCUACGUGGAAGACUUAUGGCCGCGCGCGGACUCGAAGAUGUUCCUUUCCCGUAACACGUCGUUUCUGUACUGUGUUAAACGCUAUAUUUCGUCGGUAUCAAAUUGAAAUUUCAAUUAAUUCUAAUGUCGCUGGCGAUGAUUAAUACGAUGAUUUUAUUUCAUUAUGGUUACGACGCGAUUGAUUAUUAUUAUUAUCAUUUAUUUUUUACUUUGGAAUCCAUAUAUGCGAAUUGUUUCUUUUCACGAGCGGUGCUCUGUAUUGUAUAUGUUUGUGUCGAUACCCCAAAUUAUGAAAUGUCGCCGGCGAUACGAUCAUAACACGCGGGAUGUAAUUUUUUUAGUUUUUAUUUUUUUGUAGAAAAUUAUCUCGAUUCUUUAACAUUCUUUUUCUUUGUAUGAUACGUAUUUUAAUUGUCUAAAAUAUGUACACUGACAAUAUUUGUUAUCACAGUAUAGAGUACUUCAACAAUCGAUUCGUUGCGAAACUCUUGAUUAUUGCUUCAAGUACUAUAGUACGAAUUUUUGUAGAUACAGAGAAGAAGGAUUACAAAAGUAUGCACUAUGAUAUUAGCAUUCGUAUAAUACAUUUUAUUUAAUGAAGUGUUUUGCUGAUUCAGAGAUUUAUUAUAUAUUUUUUCGAUGCUCUUAUAAUUUGAGAAAACUUGCAAAUUCUUGGGAGAAAAUUGCAAAUUUUUCUUUAAAAUGCUUUGAAAUUAUUAAUUACAUAUUUGUAUACGUUAACAUUUCAAAUAUUAUCAGAUAUUACAUCAGUUGCUUAUAUUUUCUCUGAUAUAUAAAGAAUUAAUCUAACACGUCAUCUCUUGCAUUCGAAUUCGUUUCUUGCGAAUCGUUUAGUUUGAAUUGCAUCAGAUGUCAACUAAUUUCAAGUAAGCCAUGUCAUUGUUUUGAUUAUAGAUUAGAUGAAGAAAUAUUUAAUUGAUUUAUUGACUCAAUGGAUACAAUUUAUUAGUGUAUGAUAUACAUUUAUUUUUCUUCUGAUCGGAGUUUGUGACUCGCACCGAAGCCUUUAUAUGUAGUUUAAAUUCAACAAAAAAUAACACAGUUCGGUAUAUGUAUAUCUGUAGAAAGUCUCUUUUUAUGCUGCACUUUGCCGUCCACAUUGACACACACGCACUCUGUCCUUCUCUCUCACACGAUCUCUUUUCUAUCUCGACCGCCUAUUUUUUUCUUUCCCACCGAUUUCCCCGCAACGUGAACAUUAUCUACAUCUUUGACAUUUUACAUCUCUUUGUUAAUACUCGAGCGCGUCAAAAUUGCUCUAAAUGACUAGAUAGAAUCCCGUUUUUUUAUUUUAAAAUUGUUACAAUCUUUAAGAGUUUAUAAACUUCAGUUAUUUUUUCUUAAUAUACAAUGUUAUAAAUAAAAUGUACACUCAACUAGAUAUUGAGAUUUGACAUUUAUACAACGAAUCUCAGUUUAAUUCUCACGAUGCAUUCUCGCAGAUGUAAGCAUUUUCGUGUAAAACCUUCGCGCCGACCUCUUUUUAUCUCCUUUGUUACUUUCGCUGCUUUCACCGAACGACAAUAUUUUGUAUCCUUUAAGGGUUAAUAAAGGACGCAGCUGUCGGGGAACUAGACCGAGCUUAUGUUAAACCAUCAAAGUUGAUCGGCUGGUCCGCAUAAGAUGAAAAAAUAAACGAGAUCGAUGUCUAUGUAUGUGUACAUCUUUCUCUCUUAAAGAUAUUACAUUCCUGAUAUUUCCGCCACACAAUACAAAGACAUCGAUGAUCGUUUGAUAGAGUGCAGUUUAUUGAUCACGAUUCUUGCUUGCUUAAAUUGAACUGUGGUAGAACUCGAUACUCUAACAGCUUGUAAAAUAUCUUGAGCGACAUUCAUGUAUUAUUUUACAGAAAUUUAAAA